AUGGAAACAUCCGUAAAAGAUACUUGCUGUUAUUGCUUCGGUAGAACAGAUGGGAUAGCAUACUACCACAUUAUGUGGAAAUCAUAUAAGAUGUGUAGCAAAUGUAAAAUUAAUUUGAAAUCCUGUAUCUCAUGUGAAAGAAAAAUAAAAGAAAAUAAUAUAUCAUCUCGUACUUAUUCUUCUUGUUGUGAAUCACAAUACGAUAAUUUAUGUGAAAUAUGUAGCGCAUUACCCAUUGUCUGUUGUGAUAAAAAAUUAGGGAAUUUGAUACCUCAUAUUUUACAGAUUUUGGAUUAUCACAUAGGUAUUAAAAUUCCUCCAAAUUUUGUUACCUAUCAAAAUAUUUACACGUUCAAUAAGGAGAAAUACAAUGAUGCAAAUCAUCUCUGCACCUUUGAAUAUGACCAUAUUGGGUAUGUGCAAAAAGAUGUACAACGUGAAAUCUCACAAAUGGAAGAGGAGAACAUCCUGAAGAAGCCAAAUGACAAGGAGAGUAGUGAGGUGAAGAACCCUAAAUUGGAAUGGAAUAAAAAAAACAAAGCCAUCAAAAGAUUCCUAAGCAGGUUCAGCCGUUCCAAGUAUUAUAACCAUAGACAAAUAAAAAAAAAAAAAGAAAAAAAAAAAAAAAAAAAAUAUAAUUCUGAGACAGAUUUCGCUGAAGAGAUAGAAGAAGUCUACAUCAGUGGAGGGAGAAAUAUGGUGAACAUUCCAUCCCAUCAGCAAAAUGUAAAUUUCGAAAAAUGCAAAUUAGUAGAAGAGAAGAAUAAGGGGGAAAGUCCUACUAUCCAAAGAACAAAUGAGAGCGAUGGAACUUUUCCUACUUCGAAAAUGACAAUUUCUACAGCUGAAUUAGUACCAGUUGUGAAAAAUGAUCAAUCUGCUGAAACAAGCAAGAAAAGUUUGGAAUCAGAAAAAUAUGAACUAAAGAAGAAAAAAAUUUCCAAAAAAUUAAAUUUGCAUAAAUGGGAAACUUCUACCACUCUCUUGGGGUAUUUCAAAUUGUUGAGUAGCAGGAUAAGAAAAAAAACGAAGUAUAGGAGAACCAUAAGUUCUCUUCAAGUGGAGAAUCAUGUGAAAGUGGACCAUUCUCUUCUGGAAAAUUUGGGCGAUGAGAUAAAUUCGACCACAGUGAUGAAGCGUGAGACGGGGAGUAAUGAGGUAAGUGAUGAGGUGAGUGACUCGAAAAGUAGACUGAAACGAAGAUCGAAAGGAAGAUCGAAAGGAAGGUCGAAAGGGAGGUCGAAAGGGAGGUCGAAAGGAAGGUCGAAAGGGAGGUCGAAAGGAAGGUCGAAAGGAUGGUCGAAAGGAUGGUCGAAAGGAUGGUCGAAAGGUGGGCCCGAACUCAGACCGGAGCUCAAACCGAAACGUGGAGAGAAGGAUGAAAGGAAGAGUAUGAAACAAAUAGUAAAUCGCAUUGCCACUAACCUCUCGACUCGUAUUGCUGCCAGAACUGCCUCUAGGGUUGCGGCCAGGAUCAGUACUCCAAACAGUGGGGAAAGUUAUGACAUGCAGGUUGUGCUAUCGUUUUUAAAUCAAGAGAAUGAAGAGGAAAUAUUUAAAAGGUUGAUAAACAAUAAACUGAAGUCUACCGAUAUUAUAUACCUGAAAAAUAAAUUCAGAGGAAAUUCGAAAGAAGAAAUAAAUAUUGUCGCGUCAUGUAACUGUGUGACCGUUUCUCAAAAAAAAUUGCUCCUUUUACAUGAACAAAAUAAAAAGAAAAAAAAUUAUAAAUAUAAAAAUUUAAAGUUAAACGAGCUUAUUCCUCGAAAUAAUGAACAUAUAAAACUUGUCGAUCAUUUGUCUUUAACGAAUUCGUUGCCAGAAAUAUCAUUUUCUUUUUAUAUUUCCCACGAGUUAAUGCAUGCAUACUUAUGGAUUUCAAAAUUUCAGAAAUCAAUAUAUUUUGAAAAAAUACAAAGAAUUGCAAAAAAAUUACACCAUAAUUCUUUUGAGGCCGAAUAUACAAGCGGUUCUAAUAAAUUCCACAAAAGUUUAGCUUUCUAUCUAUCACCAGAGUUGGAGGAGGCUAUAUGUAUUUUUGUGUCAGUUCAAUAUAUCCAACAUGUAAGAAAAUAUUAUGAACACCAAUAUGAAUAUGUGCGUGAACGUGAGCUCAUUGAUUACUAUAUUAGAACAUGUGACUGUGGGGAAUCUCCAAUAUACGGAAAAAACUACAGGGAAUUAAAAAAUAGUAUGAACAAUUAUGCCAUAGCGGAUAUUCUAUGUAUUAUUACUGAUAUAUAUCACACACACAUUUACCCAGUUAUAACACUACGCCUAUUGCGUGCCGUUCUUUCCAUUCUCAAUUUUGCACAUUCGUGA